GUUCCGUCAAGGAUGCCGUCUAGAAUGGCUCAAAUUCGCCUUGUAAGUGGGCAUCCAGAGGUUUAUGAACCCUGUGAUGAUUCCUUUGCUUUAGUUGAUGCACUCUUGGCUGAUCGAAAAAAUCUUUUAGAGCAUCAACCCGUAUUUUGCAUGGAAGUCGGUUGUGGUAGUGGUUAUGUUAUUACAUCUCGAGCGAUCAUGCUAAAGCAGGAGGACAGUGCUGCAAGUGUCAGCUAUUUUGCUACAGAUAUUAAUCCACAUGCCGUGAGAGUUACAAGUGAAACUUUGAAGGCUCAUACCGUCCAUGCAGAGGUACUAUGUGAUAAUAUUGCAUCGUCGGGGCUGGAAAAAAGACUGUGGGGGAAGGUUGAUGUGAUGGUUGUGAACCCACCAUAUGUACCAACUCCAGAAGAUGAAGUAGGUCGUGAAGGAAUUGCUUCUGCUUGGGCUGGAGGGGAAAAUGGACGGACUGUUAUUGAUAAAAUACUACCUGUUGCAGACAAACUCUUGUCCAGCAAAGGUUGGUUGUACAUGGCUACACUAGCAGCCAAUGAUCCCUCACAGAUAUGCCUUGUCAUGAAAGAAAAAGGUUAUGCAUCUCGUAUAAUAGUUCAGAGAUCAACAGAGGAAGAGAGCCUCCAUGUUAUCAAGUUCUGGAGGGAUCCUGAUCUUCAAGUGGGAGAGCCAAAGGAUCGCUCAAAUGGUAACCCCUGCUAGUCUUGUCUUGGUAUCCCCAUAUAAAUCAUGGUGAAAAACAGC